AAAAUGAAAAUCUUUUCUGAGUCUCAUAAAACUGUUUUUGUUGUGGAUCACUGCCCAUAUAUGGCAGAAUCCUGCAGACAACAUGUUGAAUUCGAUAUGUUAGUAAAGAAUCGGACCCAAGGGAUUAUACCUCUAGCACCCAUAUCAAAAUCAUUAUGGACCUGUUCGGUGGAAUCAUCCAUGGAGUACUGUAGAAUAAUGUAUGACAUUUUUCCUUUCAAGAAACUGGUGAAUUUCAUUGUGAGUGACUCUGGGGCUCAUGUCUUGAAUUCUUGGACUCAAGAAGAUCAGAACUUGCAGGAGUUGAUGGCAGCAUUAGCAGCUGUUGGGCCACCUAAUCCUCGGGCAGAUCCAGAAUGCUGCAGCAUACUUCACGGCCUGGUUGCAGCAGUAGAAGCACUUUGCAAAAUAACAGAGUACCAGCAUGAGGCUCGAACCACGCUCAUGGAGAAUGCAGAACGGGUUGGAAACAGAGGAAGAAUAAUCUGUAUUACUAAUGCAAAAAGUGACAGUCAUGUUCGGAUGCUUGAGGAUUGCGUUCAGGAAACCAUUCAUGAGCAUAACAAGCUUGCAGCUAAUUCAGAUCAUCUAAUGCAGAUUCAGAAAUGCGAGUUGGUCUUAAUUCACACUUACCCAGUUGGUGAAGACAGCCUUGUUUCAGAUCGUCCUAAAAAAGAGCUUUCACCUGUUUUAACCAGUGAAGUGCACAGUGUCCGGGCAGGACGGCAUCUGGCUACGAAACUGAAUGUUUUGGUACAACAGCACUUUGAUCUGGCUUCAACCACAAUAACUAACAUUCCUAUGAAGGAAGAACAACAUGCUAACACAUCAGCCAACUAUGAUGUGGAGCUUCUUCAUCACAAGGAGGCACACGUUGACUUUUUAAAGAGUGGUGAUAACCAUAUAGGUGGCAACAGCAGAGAAGGCACAUUUAAAGAAACUGUAACAUUAAAAUGGUGUACUCCUCGAACAAAUAGUGUGGAAUUACACUAUUGCACUGGAGCAUACAGAAUUUCACCAGUAGAUGUAAAUAGCAGACCUUCUUCAUGCCUUACUAACUUUCUCCUUAAUGGUCGUUCUGUUUUGUUGGAACAGCCACGCAAGUCUGGCUCCAAAGUAAUUAGUCACAUGCUCAGCAGCCAUGGAGGAGAAAUUUUUCUGCAUGUAUUAAGCAGCUCGAGAUCAAUUCUAGAAGAUCCCCCAUCAAUUAGUGAAGGGUGUGGUGGAAGAGUCACUGACUACCGGAUUACAGAUUUUGGUGAAUUUAUGAGGGAAAACCGAUUAACUCCUUUUCUAGAGCCCAGAUAUAAGAUCGAUGGAAGUCUGGAAAUUCCAUUGGAACGUGCAAAAGAUCAGUUAGAGAAACAUACUCGUUACUGGCCUAUGAUUAUUUCUCAGACUACCAUCUUCAACAUGCAAGCUGUAGUGCCAUUAGCCAGUGUGAUUGUAAAAGAAGCAAUGACUGAUGAGGAUGUUCUGAAUUGUCAAAAAACAAUAUACAAUUUGGUAGACAUGGAAAGGAAAAAUGAUCCGCUGCCAAUUUCAACAGUCGGUACCAGAGGAAAGGGUCCAAAAAGAGAUGAACAGUACCGGAUUAUGUGGAACGAAUUGGAGACCCUGGUACGAGCACACAUAAACAACUCAGAUAAACACCAGCGAGUCUUAGAAUGUUUGAUGGCUUGCAGAAGCAAACCUCCAGAAGAAGAGGAGCGCAAGAAACGAGGUAGAAAGAGAGAAGACAAAGAAGACAAGUCAGAGAAGUUGGGCAAAGACUAUGAAUCAGAUAAGCCAUGGCAAGAAUCAGAAAGGUUAAAAGGUCUGUUGGAUCGUGAGAAAGAAGAACUAGCAGAAGCUGAAGUUAUCAAAGAUUCCCCUGAUUCUCCUGAGCCACCCAACAAAAAGCCUCUUAUUACAAUGGAUGAAAUGCCCACAGUUGAAAAGGCGAAAGGACCGAUGUCCUUGCUGUCUUUAUGGAGCAACAGGAUUAAUACUGCCAACUCUAGGAAACACCAGGAAUUUAUUGGUCGUUUGAACUCUGUCAACAAUAAAGCUGAGCUAUAUCAACAUCUGAAAGAAGAAAAUGGAAUGGAAACAACGGAAAAUGGAAAAACAGGCCGGCAGUGAUGAUUAAUUUUGUUUCUCUGGACAAAACUUGGCCAAAUUGCAAAAAUACUUAAUGCUGGAAUUGAUAUUGGUACCAUUUCAGUACAAUUGUAUAGCUCUGUUUUGAUUGGGUUUCACAGUUUUCUAUUCUUAUUUUUGCUAUGAAAUAUGAAAUGCGCAUAUCACAUUAAUGAAUAGUGUGCAAACAGGAGCUGUCCUGAAGUAUUUUACAGUCAUAUUUCCAGGAUGAAGAAAACCUAUGCUGCCAUGGACUAAAUCAAGUAGUCAAACAUGUCAGAGUUUGAAGUCCUUUUCCAAAAGUAUUGUUUAAUAUUUCAAAAUCAGCGAUGACUGUUUGGAGAGGAAAAAAAAAA